GUCCACUGCUGUACCACUUUGAGAACAUGGCCAAUGAGCUCUCAGUUGAACUUAGCUACGAAGACAUUAGAACAGCCAUUGUUAACUUUGGCUUCCACUUAGAGGUGGAGAGAGAGUCGGUUCAGACCACCUACACAGAGAACGACCGCUCCAUGUUGAGAUACAUUUACGACUGCGUCUUCUUCGUGGCACGAAAACCUGCAGACCUGUACUUUGACUGCGAGGAAGACGACCAACAACAGAGCUCUCCGCCGGCCGCGAAGUCACCGCGGCGAGAAGGAACCGACAGCCUGACGUGA